UUGAGCCGCACUGCGUCACACUGACGUUUUUAUUGGUCCUUAGGAGCCGGGAAACCAACAUACAGUCCACACUAGAAGAAAAAGCGAACCCAAAAAGUAAUUGAGCCACUUUUACGAAAAAGGAAUUUGGUCACAUCAAGCUGCACAUAACAGCGAUCCUGCUACAGCCACAGCCACACUAAUUCGUGCCACGAACCAGAAAAACAUUGAUAACAUCAUCGUCCAACAAGCAGUUUCACCAGCUACUAGGAAACUAAGAGGAAACGAUGUCUCAAUUUGCCGCAAUGAGGAAAAGGGCCGAACAGCGCGCCCAUCGCUAUCCGCAACCAUGUCGCCUAUGCGACGCAAAUCAUCCGAUCAGGCUUUGCCCUUUGUAUCGUGCGAAGUCGCCAGAGGAAAGAUUGCGUGAGGCCUUACUAGGACGCUACUGCGCUAAUUGCCUCGCGAUGAAUCACGAAUUAAAAGACUGCGUGAGCGAAGGCAGAUGCAAACGAUGUGGCGAAAAGCACCACUCGACACUACAUUUCGAGGAUGAACCCAGCACAUCGAAAAAGUCAUGGGCCCAACAGGUGGAGGAGGAAGAAGAAAAUUCCGAUGGUGUAAUCUCGCUACUUGCGUCCGAUUCUGGAACGGAAACGCGGCCUUUCCGUCCAGAUACCGAAGAAGGUGCACUUUCAGGCGAUGUAGCGGAGACUCGGCCUCUCCGCGCAUUCGCAGAAGGGGGAUCGGAAACUAGGCCUUUUCGACCCCUAUUGCAGCACGAGCGGAACCGGUUACGUGGAGCGGAAACCAGGCCUUUCCGCCUGCGUAAUCCCAGACGCAAGUCCUCUCGACGCACACAAAAGGAAGGUAGACUGGCGACUCGGCCUCACCAGCUAUCGAAACGACGUACGUUCCGAAACGGAAUCUUGGGUCACCAUACCAUAGCUGCGCCAACACUUCAACCAAUGAUCGCUAUCGCUCCGACUGCAGUCGUCAAAGUAGAAGCUGGAGGGCGCCUACAUUUGAUCCGCGCGCUUGUCGACGUAUGUUCCCCUCGAACUAUAAUAUCAAUUGACUUAGCCCGAGAGUUGCGCCUGGACGAGACGCGCGUUAGCGGAGAAAGAGGUUGUCUGUUAUGCUUACGGGGAAAAUAUGGGCAAAAUAAACGGGUAGCAACUCACGCUAUUGCGCUACCCAAUUUUAGCAGAAUAAGCCCAUCUAGCAACGCGGAUGCCUCAGUGGCUGAACCGUACGCACAUAUACGCUUAGCGGACCCUCGCUUUUAUGCGUCCGCACCGAUACGCGUGAUCCUGGGAACCGACGUUUACGCAGAUAUUUUACUACCUGGGACACUGCCCACAACAUUUGGACCACUGCUCGCCCAAAGCACCAUAUUUGGUUGGGUGCUGUCCGGGGUCUCUAGAGCGUAACUUUCCUUUUUUUCACAUACAUACAUUACAUCUAACUUAUCAUACUCUAAAAAUGAAAUAAAAUAAUGAAUUUAAAUAAAGUGCAUUUGAAAAAGUAACCACGUACAUUUCCUUAAUUACCACUUAUAUUUACAUCUGCAGUAGCACUCCAUAAAGGAAGGACGAACUCUACCUUAAUGAAUGCCAACGCUGCUGCCUGAUUUGAUCAUUAACAUCAAGACAUAGAAAACAUUUGUUUGUAAAAACCAUGUGCGCUUGGUAGCUGAAACGCGGCCGAUAUUUAGAUGUUGCUUACCGCAAGGGGGCCGGGAUGUUUAGGCCUUAAGCCUAAAUAUUUCCAAAUAUAAU